CGAUAUUUGUAUAGAAGAAUGUAUUCAGUAAGUGUCAUUUGUUAUUUUGUUUUUUUUAUUUUUUAUUUAUCCUCAAAUUUACUCAACACCGUUACCACGAACUUAACAGGUCCAGUACAAAUCAGGAGUUGGGCGUCGUGAAGUUGUGUUCUUCGUUUGAUACUCUAGGGCAUGUGCCAGUUUUGACUUGACCGUGUAGUAUAUAUAAGGGUUUGAUUUAACGAUAGUAUAGUAUUUCCAAUUUGGAAGUCGACAAUCAAGAACUCAAAUGACGACGGCUGGCUGUGUGUGUUUUCAUUUAUUACCAGGCGACUCAAAUUUUCUGGUCUCCUCUUUGGUCAAUUGAAACAAUGAAAAAGGCAUCCUAAUUGUUACACACAUGACCAGUUACAAUUGAAAGUCAAUGUCGACGGCAGAAAGUUUAGCAAUUACCGAACCUUACAAGAAUUUACCGAAACAGAGUAUCAUCUAUUUAAACCAUAAAUAGAAAAAACAAUGUAUUAUGUCUUUGGCCCGGGUUUGAGGAGUACUUUUGUGUUUGAAAAAUUAAAGUCCGACCAAAUAUAUUUAUAAGGGCUCAAGAUAGGGUGCAUAACCCAUCAAUCAAUAACCAAAUCUGAACCCUUCAUUUAGAAAAUCCAUAUUUAAGGAUGGAGAAUUAAAGACAAUUUUUAUUUUCCCUAGUUUUUUUAAUCAGCUCAUAUCUUUUUCGUUUUUACUCGGAUUUUAAAUUAUUUUUUUUUUGCACAGAUGAAACGAGUUCAUCGUGCUCUGCAAAAUGAGAUCAAUUUUCAAUAUUUUUUUGAGAAAAAAAAUUAUGGUUUCUCGGUACCAACUGCAUACCAUAUUGUAUUUUCUUCGUUUUUAAUUCAUUUUUGAAAACGUUUGCACAGAAGGGACGAGUUCAUCAUGAUCUAUUGGAUCUAAAAAUUUCUGGGUGAACAAAUUACAUGACCAAAAAAUACCACACAAUACCAGGGGUGGGAUUCGGUCGGCAAACGGUAAAUUGUUUACCGAAUUUACCGGUUUCGGUAUACCGACGUUGGCUAAACUGUUUACCGAUUACCGAAUUACCGGUAAACGGUUACAAACCGGUAUUAUCGAAAUACCGACCCGGUGGAGGUGAAAUUAGCAGGAGAAAGAACUGAGAAAUACAAAUGGAUGUUUUGUUUAAGUUUGGACCUAAUGGCAUUCACCUCAUAUAUAUCACUCGUACCAAAUGUCAAAAGAAUGAUUUUCCUAGCUAUUACAAAGGUAAUAUGUUUACUCGACCAGAACACUCUUGGUUGCUUUACAAUACAAUGGUACACCAAGUCUCUCCAGUCGAGGAAGGCUUCUGUCACUGUCCUGGCGGUGGCGGUCCUAGCGGUGGCGAGUCGAGGCGGACUGGGGCGGCGGGUGCUGCAACUCCGGCGACGCGGCUUUGUCGGAGAAGCGGAGUCGCGAGUUGCGACGAGAAGAUUUGGAGAAGGAGAGGCGGCAGGCGAACUGCGAAGCGAGAGGCAGGUGGAUCUGGAGGCUUGGCCUCAAUGAUUUUUUUUUUAAUUAAGGGUUUGGGUAAAACGUCGCGUUCCAGGUGACGAGGGCGGUAAAACGUCGCGUUCCGGUUUCGGUAAUACCGACUUACCGUCGGUAUUUACCGAGACUGGGGGUGGUAAAUUGGAUCUCCCAAACGGCCCUCGAUUACCGUUACCGUCGGUAAUCGAUUUACCGUUUACCGCCGGUUACCGGUUCGGUAAAACGGUAAACCGAUUACCGAGUUACCGAAUCUCACCCCUAGGUACGGGGUGGUAUUUUGUGGUACACAAUGAUAAAAGUCGUAAAUGACAGUUAAUAUACUUCUACUAUCAUGUAUUCAACCAUCCUACAGUCUUGGUUUGUUCAUACCACCGUGAUACGUUUUUCAAACCAUAGGUAUGCUCUUAUUUCAAUACCAGUCAAUACCAUAUGGUAUAGACUGGUAAAAAAUGGCUCAAUUUUGUUUGUUUGAAAAAUAUAUCAAAGUGGAUAUCAUUUUGAUGAGCACCAAAUAUCUAGGGGAAAAAUGUUUAAUGGUCUUGCGGUAUUUCUAACAGACAGAGCAACGAACAUGACAAUUUAUAACCCCACGAGAAUUUAGCACAAAACAGUGAACAUGAUAACCCUUAGGCACGUCCUCAAUAUAUUAUUAGUAAGUUUUUGGAGAAUUUGGUAUUCUCACAACUCUCUUUUCUGGUAAUAUUCAUUGUUUAGAUAUGAAUUACGUUGUGAAAAAGUAGGAUAACAAAUGCGCUCAAUUUCAAUAUGUUAGGCUACAAUUCUAGUAUAAUAUAAGAAAAAUAAUGAAAAUGACUCUUCUAUUAUAUUAGCAUCCAAUCUAAAUAAGUGGUAUCAGACCCUGAUUUUAGGGUUUGGGUUCAAAGUAUUGGAUGUCAGUCUGAUGGACCAUCAAUUGAGUAACUCGAGAUUUGAGAUUUGCGUCGGUCAGGCGGAUCAAAAGAGAUAUGUGUCUUUUUGGUGGAUCAAAGGAGAUAUGUUUUCGUCUAGUUGAUCAAAGGAUAUAUGCAUCUAGUAAAUCUUUUUUUAUUGAAAAAAUAUCUAGUAAAUCCUUGUGUAGAAAAGCCUGUCAAAACAAUGUGUUUGCAAAUCAAGAAUCACUAAGGGGAGGACAUAUCGUUAGUGAUCCUUUUCUUAAGGGAGGAUUGUUAGAGUACAAUUCAAGUAUCACAUAAGAAAUAUAAGGAAAAUUACUUUUGUAUAUAAGUGUCUACCUACCUCCAUUAGUAUGAGGCAUUUUGAGAAGGAAUCCAAAAGUAAAAUCGUGUGGGCUUGAUCGAAAGCAGACAAUAUCAUAUUAAUGAAGCGUUUGGUUUGAACAAGUGAUAUUGGAGCCUGGUUUCGCAGUCCAUAUCAAGGGUGGUGAACUUUAUUUUGGUUGAUCCUCAUUCCGUCACCUCAGGAUUUGAGAUAUGCAUAUGUUUGAUGGGUCAAGGGAGAUCUAUGUCUGGUGGAUCAAGUGGAGAUCUGAAUUUGGUAAAUUCUUUUGUGGAAGUGUGUCGAUACAAAGUUCGUGAUCCUUGUCUUGAUGGGAGGAUUGUUAUUUGCAAUUCAUGUACCACAUCUGAUAGCCAAGGGAAAAGACCAUUUUACAUAACUGUCCACAAAUCUCCAUUAGUACGAUACAGUUUGGGAAUGAAUUAAAAAUUAAAUCUGUGUGGGUUUGGUCUAAAGAGGACAAUUUCGUACUAAUGAAUCAUUCAGUCUCAACACGUGAAAGCGUGUUGAUACAAAGUUCGUGAUCCUUGUUUUGAUCGGAAGAUUGUUAUGUGGCAAUUCAAGUACCACAUCUACCAUUUUACAUAACUGUCCACCAAUCUCCAUUAGUACGAUACAUUUUGGGAAUGAAUUCAAAAGUAAAUCUGUGUGAGCUUGGUCUAAAACGGAUACGGUCGUUUUAUAUUAGAUUUCAAAAUACUUUUGCAUAGACAUAUCAUUUUUUGUGCUCUACAAGAUGAUAUCCAUUUUGAUAUUUAUUGUACAAAAAAAUUUCACGCCGUCUUACCAUAGUGGUAAGUUCAUGAUAUGAUUAUGAUAAGAUUACGACAAACACAUGUUUUGAAUGACUAAAUUUUACUUUGCUCAACAUAUAAAAAAUUGAUAUCAUUGUGUAGCUCAUAAAUAAUGACCUCUUUAUGUGCAAAAUUAUAGUUGAUAAUAUUACAAUCAUCACUAAAAAAAAUACUACAACAAACACGUGUUUUGAAGAGUUAAUUUUUAUUUUCGUCAAAAUAUAAAAAAAUGAAUAUUAUUGUGUAGAGCAUAAUUAAUUUCUAUGUGUAUUUUAAAUUUUCGAGUUAAAGCGAAUGAGAUAUGAUUCGAUUAAAAAAAGGAUUAGAAAAGUAAGUCAUGACUGGUUCCAAGUGUCUUUUCUAAUAACACUCGACUUCCUAGCAACUUAAGGAAAUGAUGAAUAAUUUUCAUGUAUAAUCUAUUGACCAUAAAUUUUGCUUAUCACUUAAAUUCAAUGGUGUCCAUUUUAAGCAUAUUAACAAUUUUUCAAAAAAUUUACACGUAUCAUAUCUUGCAAUUGCUAUCAUAGAUUUGUUAGGUAAAAUUCAACAUACUCACUCAAUAUUUGAACUCUCUAAAGUAAUUGUCCACCUAUGAAUAUGAAGUAUUGUGCACCUAAAACUCUAUUUGAGUUAGUAUAUAUUGUCUUUUACGCUGCGGAUUCAAAAUGCAAUACAUUAUCAUCAUAUUACAAUUUAUUCAUACUAAUUGUCCAAUAUGUAUGACUCUUUGAUUGAUCAAUUUUCAGAAUGUAUUCAAAUAGACCAAAUAGAAGUGAUCAAAUUUUUAAAAUUUGCUAUAAUUAUCGAGAUUCAAUUAGCAUUUAGGCGUAAGGUGGUCGUUGGGCAUUUGCUUAUCUCCUAGCUCGCCUAGACAGGCUUAGAGUUCAGAAGAAAAAUAGUAGUUUUAAAAAUGAUGAAUGAGAUAACAAUUUUGAAGCACUUUCAUACUUCAAUUCAAAUGAUUUAACAACAAACAAUAUAGCUUUCAAGUUUAUUGACUAUUUUCAUUUACCUAAAGAUACAAAUGAAUUCAUUUGGAAGCUAAAAUAUCCAAGUACAAGUAUGCAAACUAUAUAUUCAUACAUUAGUUCAUUUUAAAUCCAAUAAUUGAGAAAUACUCUAAAUGAAGUGAAAAAACGAAAUUCCAAAAUUUAUUUCCUUGCAUUAUAUUGUUUGGUUGCUAAUAUUAAGUAUUAAUAAAUUGUUAGGUAUUUAAUACAUUCAUUCAUUUGCAUUUUCUUAUCAACGAAAAAAAAGCAAAAGAUAAGUGAGAUCUCAUAUAAAUAGUCAAACCGGACAAGAAAAUAACAUAAUAAUCAAAUAAAGGAAACAAAGGGCAAAUACUAAUCCUUUUAUAAUAUAUAGUAGUCUUCAGGAGAUUUUGAGCAUUUCAAGUUUCUUGCACUCUCCUUAAUUGUAGGUAGGGGUAAAUUUGUAAGUUCAACUUAGAACUUAAAUAUUAGAACUUAAAUAUCUUCUUACGAGAAAAAAAUAUCAUUACAAAGACUUGAACUCGAGUCCUUCAAAUUGAUAGUCAAUAUCCUAACCAACUGGACUGCAACAAUGUUUAUGUAUUUUUUGAAUCAAAGAGAGAAAAUACUGAAAUAUCUCAAAAUCAUAGGAAUAUCCACCGCAACAAUCAAUCAUCGAAUUAAUUAAUAACUGUAAUUAUUUACAAAGUGAAUCAUCAUGAUAUACCUAGCUUUAUGAAUCAACUAAGUGAGUUCCUCUAAUCACACAAUUCUUCACCAAGAAUCAAAUAGUACAUUUGAGUUUAUGUAUGUCUUACAACUUUUACAUUUAUUAGGUUACAUGAUUUUGUAGUUUGUAGGAAUACAAGGAUUGUUUACAAAAGUGCUAUACAAAAUUUUAUUUCAAAACAUAAAAUUUGACAUUUGUGAUCUAUGGUUUUGUAACGAGACAUUUUCAAUGCUAUAAGUGAAUGACCAAAAAUCAUUGGCUAACAAUUUCCCUAAUGGUUAACAAUUAUAAGCAUAGAAUUGAAGGGCUAAAUACCAUUGACAAAUGAGCCAAUUAUCAUUGGCUAAAUUUAACAAACAAUGGUAUGUGUAUAUACACUGGAAAUUCAAUGGUACGCUCGAUGGAUUCAGCGUUAUUGUAUCUCCUUAGUUAAAUAACAUUAUCUAGACCAUAGAUCAAUCACAGAACCAAACCCUAUAUCAUAAUUCUCUAAAUUCUAAUAUAGUGCAUAUGGUAUGUUGUAUACAUCUAGGCGAAUAAGGAUCAUUGAUUAUGUUGUUAGUAUAUGAUUUAAUUAUUUGAAACUUAAUCUCCCUUUUUAAAUUUCCUGCAAUGAGAGGGAAAUUAGGAAAGAUAUUUUUGUCUUCACAAUUAUCUGUAUUUUUUAUUUAUUUACAGGAAAAGAUAGACAUAUUGAGAUUUGAACCAUGGGAACUCAAACAAAGUGAAGGUUUAAAAUCAAUCAGACUAUGUAGAUUUGUCGUAUUUUUUAAAUUAAAAAUAUAUACGAAGCUAAAAUAUGAAAUCACAGAACUUUUCAACAGUUAGCUAGCCCAAUAAAUAUUCCGUAAGUACUUAUUUGGUGUUUUGAUACUUCGAUUUUGAUAUUUUUUAUUUUAAUUAUAGUAUAGUACUUAAUUUAAAAUUUAUCUAUCUUAUAAAUAGACGAUAACCAUAAAUUUGCAACCAAAAUAUUGUUGGUUCGAAUAAAUCAUAUCAAAUUAUAGUAUUGAAUAUGUAGAAACGAUAUAGAAUUCUUAAAUUACCAUUAAUUUCCAGAACUAUAGUGAAGCAAUCAUAUCUUUGUGCAAACUAUAGGCGACUGGUUCUCUGAACAUUUUUGUACGGUUAAAUACUAAGUUUUGAAACUCUUCCUAGGGGUGUACGUGGGUCGGUUCGUUUGGGUUUAGAUAUUUUAAUCACCUAACUCAUAUACCCCGAUUUUGAAAACACUAAAUACAAACUCACCCAAAUAAUUUAGAAUUUCAACGGUUUGUGUCCUCCAUACCAAAUGAACCAAAAUACAUGUCGCUUAACUAAGGACGAUCUCAUUGUCCAAUCCCAUCAUUCUAAUGUCAAUCCAUAAAAGCAACCCAUAUUCCUGUUUUUUAACACAUGUUUCACAUUGUCAUUACUGUGACCGGUAACUUCGCUGCAACUGAUUCGGUAUUGCUCAUCGUAUGCCUCCAAACUGAUAAACAUAUCGUGCAGCAGUUUUAUGACAAAACUCAAAGUGAAGACAACUCAUCGUCUGGUGGAAUUUUGGCGCUUGCUGGUGUUCAUUAAUCUAAUUGCAAGUAUAAUGAUUGCUAAAAUUAAGCUUUCACGCAACACACUGGGAGUUGAGGGUGUGAACUUGGAGUAAAAGUUGAUAUUGGGUUUGGGAAGGGAAGUGGUGAGAGGAAGAAAUUGUGUUUUGGAUUUGGUAGUAGGUAAAGUUCAUGGUUCGGUUUCUCUUCGUAAAAUGCUUUGAUUUAUUUUAGUUAGAGGUAUAAUAUCAUGGUUAUGUGGGAUCAAAUGAACCAAAAAUGAGCUUGGGGGAUGGGAAUUCCAACUUAGAAGGAGUGGAUUAGAUUUUGAUAAACUCAAGUUCAUGAUUAACUAAAUGAAUAUAUAGAUUUAGACUUUGUGGUAUCGAGAUGUUCAUAGAGAGUUUAAAACUAUCCAAGGCCAUGGAUUGAUAUUGGUUAGUUGAUUGUGAUUUUGAGGAAGGUGUAUAAAAAGUCAUGGAAGUAGUUUGCAGCAAGUGAAGGCAGUGAAGAGGCAGUUUGUCAGGGUAGUGAUUGAACCAAGGAGGGUAUUGAAAGACAUAGAAACAAAAUCAGAGCAGUUGAAGAGAGAGAAGUGGUAGAUGAUCAGGAUAUUAAUCAAAAUGGAGAGGAUAUUGAAGGACAUGGAAGUGAACUGGAUCAGGUGAAGGAAGAGAAGGAGGAGACAAGCGUAUUGAUGGAAUUGAAGAUGAGUGUUGGUUUUACGAGUUUAUUAAAACUGCCCCGAGGAAAAUGAGUUGGCCAAAUACAAUAAAGAGGAUUAAGGAGUUGGAGAUCAAGCUGACAAGAAACUCAAUUGAUAAAGAAAUUCAGGUUCAUGGAGAGAAGGUUCAUCAAAGUAGCAUAAAUGGAGUUGCAGAAGGAGGAUUAUAAAUUGAAUUUUGGUUUAAAACAUAUACGUCGAGAGAUUGAAGAUGGAGGGAUAAAAAUUUGGUUGUACAACGGAGAGUGGAAACUAUUGGAUCUUUAGGUGUUAUGGUUGUUGCAACUACCACAACCUAUGUUUAUGUUAAAACGAGGAAACGUUGAUUGAUUUACUAAAGUUAAGGUCGAUUCAGUAUUCAAACUACUGGACCUGUACAUAAGGAGUGUCUAAUUUUGUGCCUAAUUACUUUGAUCGAGUCUAUUAGUAUAUUGGAUGUAACUCUAAUUUUGUCAUUUGCUCUCAAGUUUUGAUGGUCAACCCCAAACCACACUAGACGCAACAAAACUUUGACCAAGACCAUAUCGAAUUGAAUCUAAUAUGUCCUGAACCUUCAUCCUACCAAUCAUACAAGUUCAAAAGAAAAAUGUUAUGAUGGGACAUUUCGAACGAACUUCAUCGGAUCCUGCCAGAUCGAAUGCACUUAUGGUCCAGUCUUGGAUUCUAUGAUUUGUUUCAUUAAUGAACCGUGCUUCUAAUAAAUAUAAACAAUCAAA